AUGACGGGCGUUGUUGUCCCAGCUCCAACGGGGCUCAACUGGGCCGUGGGGCAUGACGGGAGCCACAGUCUCCCUCUCCCCGUUCCGAGCCGGCUCAUGCCCCCAGCCCGCCCUCGGCCCCGGGCGGGGCUUCCCCCUCCCCGUCCCCGUCCCCGUCCCCGGCCGUCCUGCCGCGGUCUCUCCUCCGCCCGGCUCUGGCUGUACUGGCAGUGGCGCUGCUGGGCGGGGAUCAGUGCCUGGUGCGGCAUCGCCUCCCUUUGGCUCCGCCUGCCCCGGCCCCGGCCCCGGCCCCGGCCCCGGCCCCGGCCCCGGCCCCGGCUGCUCCCGGAGCCCGCAGAGCGCACACAGGGCGCGGCCGCUCCCGCCGCCUCCGUUGGGGCUUCCCCGGCCCGAGCUCCGCCGCUCGGCAGCGCGGCCGCUGGCCCCGAGCCGCCGCUGUCGCGUUCCAAAGAGCGAACGCCAGGGGCUGCCCGGCCCGGGACGGCUGAGGGGCGCUCGGGGCCCGUGUCUGGCCCCGGGCCGAGCGCUGACAGCCGCGUCUCGCCGGCAGGGAAGGUGGAGCACGGCAUUAAGGAGCGCUACCAGCUCGGUUCGCUGCUGGGGCGCGGCGGCUUCGGCAGCGUCUGGGCGGCGACGCGGCUCUCGGACGGCGCCCCGGUGGCCAUCAAAAGGGUGCCACGGAACCGCGUCCGACACUGGGGUGAGCUGCCCGACAGCACCAGAGCACCAAUGGAGAUCGUGCUCCUGGACAAGGUGUCCACUGGCUUCCCUGGUGUUGUCCAGCUGCUGGAGUGGCUUGAGCUCCCCAGCGAGAUCCUGAUGGUGCUGGAGCGCCCGGAGCGGUGUCAGGACCUCCGUCAUUUCAUUCGGGCACGGGGGUUCCUGUCCGAGGAGGUGGCGCGGCAGCUGUUCCGCCAGGUGCUGGAGGCCGUGCAGCACUGCACCAGCUGCGGAGUCCUGCACAGGGACGUCAAACCAGAGAACAUCCUCGUUGACCUGGCCAGCGGGCAGGCAAAACUGAUUGAUUUUGGCUGUGGCACCUACCUGCAGGACACAGCCUACACUCACUUUGCAGGAACACGGUCCUACAGCCCCCCGGAAUGGACCCGCUUUGGCUGGUACUAUGGCAAGCCAGCUACCAUCUGGUCCCUGGGCAUCCUGCUGCACCAGAUGGUCUGUGGGAAGCACCCUUUCAGGAGGGGCCGGAACAUCAGCUGGAACCAUCAGCUCUCACUGCCACAACGGCUCUCUCAAGACUGCCAAGAUCUGAUCAAAAGGUGUUUAUCCAUGCUCGACAUAGAAAGGCCCUCAUUAGAAGACCUGCUUUGUGACCCUUGGAUGCAGCAAAUUCACGAAGUGUUCCAGGUGGGGUCCAGUGUGGAUCAGGAGGUGCUUGGGACCAGCUGCGGUGUGGACGGGCCGUGCGCUUGGAGAAGGCUGAGGACAUCGUUUGGGACCAGCUUUUCUGCCCGCAGCGAUGGCAUGAGGGCUCUGCUGCAGCUCAGCACCGGGCCCGAAUCAGCCAAAGGAGAAAUGGUGUGA